AAUAUAUAUAUAUAAAAAUAGGACGCAAACAUAGUUUAUUUAGGGCAUUAAUUUUUUUUUAAUAAAAAAAUGUUGUCACUAAAUCUAUUGGUGGUAUUAUUGCCACUAUUAGGUCAAUUGGCUAACAGUGCUAGUCUAUCGGUGCCCAAAAGGGAUCAUAAUGAUUACGUGAAAAAUCCUAAACGUGUUACCUGUUAUGUGGGUACAUGGUUUCACUAUAGGGGCUAUAGUCUGGAUCAGAUACCGGCCCAACUGUGCACACAUCUAUACUAUGGUUUUGCCAAAAUCAAUGAAAAAUCCUAUGAAUUAGAAGCGGCCGACCCUGAACUGGACAUACACUUAAACGGCUACAAGACAUUCAAUGAUUUACGUCAGAAAAAUCCAUUGCUAUCGACAUUCAUAUCGUUAGGCGGUUUCUAUGAGGGAUCGGAAAAAUACUCGGAUAUGGCUAAGCAGCCAAACCGCCAGACGUUUAUCAAAUCGGCCGUCGAUUUCCUAAAAAAAUACGAUUUCGACGGUCUGGACCUUAACUGGGAAUAUCCGGCCAACAGAGGCGGCGACGAACAGAAAGAUAAGGACAACUUUGUUCAACUGGUUCAGGAGCUCAGGGCUGAACUGGAUAAGGAUGGCUAUCUGCUGACGGCACACUUAUCGCCGGUUAGAUCGACCAUCGAUAAGGCCUACGAUAUAGAGAAGCUGAACACACUGUUGGACUGGGCUAAUGUCCAAGCCUAUGACUAUCACGGGAGCUAUGAUAACGGACUGGAACAUCCGGCACCGUUAUAUAAUAAUCCAUACGAUCCGAAAACUGACAGUGUUUUAUCUAUUAACUAUACGGUCAGUUACUAUUUGGAUAGGGGUUUGAGUAAGGAUAAAAUGGUACUGGGUCUACCGUUUCACGGUCGCUCAUGGAUCUUGGAGGAUAAGUCACAUGUUAGGCUACACGACAGUGCCCGAGGUAUGUCACCCGAGUUGCCCUAUAGUAAGGAAUCGGGUGUUGUUGCCUUCAAUGAGAUAUGUAAACUAUCAUUGGACUACCCGUCCCAAUGGCACAUGCACUUUGACUGGGACUAUGAGGCACCCUAUACAUACAAUGAUAAAAUAUUUGUCGGCUACGAUGAUAUCUAUAGUAUUGAAUGCAAGAUAACAUACCUGAAAAAAAUUGGCCUAUCGGGUGUUAUGAUUUCGGGCCUACAAUUUGAUGACUACAAAAACGAUUGUCGCUAUGGCCAGUACUCCCUAACCUAUAAAGUACAGGAGCUGUUGAACGGUUUGGGUAGUAUGACACACGAGUGCGCCUAUCGUCCGCCACCGCCACCCGAUCCGACAACUCUGCCGCCGCCGACCACACCGACUACACAUCAUACAGAUCCGACACUACCGCCAACAUUGCCUCCGACAACAACACCUAUACCUAUAUCGGAACGGUGUGCCCGACAGUGCGGCAAACGAUUGUGGUGUAACAUAUCGUUUCCGGGUAAUGAACACAAAUUCAUUGCCUGCCGGGACAUACCCGAUAAGGGCUGGUGGGAGACCUAUUUUGAUUGUUCAGUCCAUACAAAAUUCAAUCCCCGCACCGAAAACUGUGACAUUCCCGACCUAUAGAUAGAUAUAUAUUUAUAUAUAUAUAUAUAACUAGCAAUCUA